GAGAAAACCUUCUGACUUUUUGGACAGAGUUUCAUGCAAUUUGCCACCAGAGAGCAUUCAAAAUUCAAAUAUUACUGCGAUGGAAAUAAAAUUUAAAAAAACUUUUACUUAGCGCGCGACUACCACAUAUUAAUAAAGAAAAUCCACUGUCGAGUAGCCACUUUGUCUGCAAGCUGACGUCAAUUUAGAUAUUAAUUUAUCCGAAAUCUACGCCCGGUAUUCUGAAGAGCAACAUUUCCGGUCAACUUUCUAUUGAUCCGUAUUUUUUUUUCUGAGCGAACCCUGGCAAUCUGAAUUUCGUUCGUAGUUAAAAUUGACGGAAAAUUUCCUUCAACUUGAAGGAAAAGCUGCUACCAACUAUGAGAUUUUCUGACGUUUGACUAUUAUUUGAGUACAAAUUGGACCACAAGUUGGCGUCAAUCUGCUAUCACAUUUGGAAGAAGAAUUGACAAAAAGUGAUUCCUGAAAGUAGCGGAAGAGAAAAACUGCUUUUAUUUAAAUUUGAUAAAAAGUUGGCACCAACUAAGUACACAACACAAAAUAUUUUAUUGACGUCAAGCUUACGUAAAAUUUCGGCAGUAGCUUUCAGUAAAUUUUCACUUUUCAGUGAAAGUGGCUGUCAGGAGUUUACAUGGAAUGGGAUAAAGAAGAUUUUACAAAAUAAUGUAGUGGUUGACUCAGAGAUGGCGGAUAGAUCCCCAAAACGACGUAAAAUGAUAAUUAUGAGGAUUUAAUUAAACAUAAACAAAAUAACAGAUUACAGUGUUUGGCAAACAUUCCAGUGAUUUCAGAAGUAGGCCUGUUACAUGGAAAAAAAAUAAAAAAAAAUCUAUUGUGCGAUUCAACAAUCUGAACUCAAUCAGAGUCAAUAAAUUAAGGAUAAGAAUAUGAAACCACGAUUCGAGUGUCCAAUUUGCUUGUCAUGGCUCCAGGAUCCAGUUCUUACUUCAUGUGGCCAUAAGUUUUGCUAUAAUUGUAUACAUAAUUGGUUGAAACGAGAAGGAGCUCGAUGUCCUAUCGAUAGUCAAGUUUUGGAAGAAAAUAAAGACAUCUUUAGGGAUCAUUAUACAAGCAGAGAAAUAUCUCAACAACAAAUAAAUUGCCUUUACGAGAAUUUCGGAUGUGAUAUGAAAUUGUCUCCAUUAUCGAUGCAGUCACAUGUGAUAAACUGCAUUCAUAAAAAAAAUUUUAAAAGUAAUGGAAUAGUGGGAAAUUCUACUGUAGUCAAUGAAUGUGUUGAAAAUUUCGAAGAAAAAGACUCCUGUAACACGCAAGUUGAUGAAGAUAACAAUAAUUGCUUAUCAAAAAUUGAAGAUAGACUUUCCUCAAUUAAAAUGAAAACAGAAGAAACCAAUGAUACUUUUAUCGGGUCAACUCCUCUCAAUAGCUAUUCUAAUAAUGGCAACCUUGAUUGUGAAAAUAUAAAAGACUGGAAAAGAUUAACCAAAAAUCUUUAUGAGAGGAUAGUUACAUUGGAACAAUCAAAUCAAGAACUAAACAUCACGAUUAAGAAUCAGUCGGCUGUUAUCACAUCAUUACAGGAAGUAAUAAAUAUGAAAGAACAAGAAAUUUCUUCAAAUAAUCGUCAUGGAAUAUUCAUUUGGAAGAUAAAUUUAUUCCAAGAAAAACUAAAAGAGAUGCAAUCAACGCCUUUGAAAAUGUUUUACAGUUCAGAGUUUUACACUCAUCCGAAUGGAUAUAAAAUAUGCGCUCGCGUUAAUAUUUCAUCAAAAAACUCGGAAUUCCUAUCGAUUGUUAUACAUAUGAUGCAAUCUGAUAAUAAUGAUUUUUUGGAUUGGCCAUUUGAGGGAACGAUAUCAUUUAUUCUCGUUCAUCCGUUAGAUUCGAAAAAAUCUAUCCGUGAAGAAACUUGUACAAAACCUAAUUUAGAAGCAUUCAAAAAACCAACUGAGGAAUUGAAUAAAAGAAGCUUUGGCUAUACAGAAUUUGUUCCCAUUAAUGAAUUAUCAAAUUUUUUUCACAACAAUUCUUUAGUAUUCAGAAUAGAAAUAGCAAAAAAUAAAUAAUUUCAAAAUAAUAUAUUAUCUUAAAUAUCUCAUUUCUCUUAAUGCUUCAGUAUUUCAAUGUCUAAAAAGAAAAAUAAUCUUAAGAAAUU